CCGAGCGCAGGGGCUCGGCUACCUGUAGCUAAGGGCUCGGGAGCUCUGCACCACGGCUCUUCAGCAGGCGGCCGCUUCUCGCGAGAACGCAGCUGUCUUCUGGUUGUGGCCGCUGCGGCAGCUUGAGGAGCGACAUGGAGGUUCUGGAGGCUCUCCGGGACUUCAUCUGGCCGCGGGCCACCUCGGAGCUCAUACUCCUCCCGGUCACGGGUCUGGAGUGCGUUGGGGACCGGCUGCUGGCGGGUGAGGGACCUGACUUACUGAUAUACAACCUGGACCUUGGUGGGCAUCUCCGGAUGUUGAAGCGAGUGCAGAGCCUGCUUGGCCACUAUCUUAUCCAUGGGCUCCGAGUGCGACCAGAGCCCAAAGGAGACCUUGACUCUGAGGCCAUGAUAGCUGCGUUUGGCAGUAAGGGACUCAGAAUUGUGAAAGUUAGCUGGGGUCAAAGCCAUCUUCGAGAGCUCUGGCGCUCUAAUCUGUGGAACAUGUCCGACUGGAUCUGGGAUGCACGCUGGCUCGAGGGUAAUAUAGCCCUGGCCCUGGGCCACAACUCAGUGGUGCUGUAUGACCCAGUGAUAGGGUGCGUGCUGCAGGAUGUCCCCUGCACAGAUAGGUGCACCCUCUCCUCAGCCUGCCUGAUUGGAGACACUUGGAAGGAACUGACCAUAGUGGCAGGUGCCGUUUCCAACGAGCUCCUGGUCUGGUAUCCAGCAACUGCAUUAACAGAUGACAAACCUGUGGCACCUGACCAGCGGGUCAGUGGACACAUGGGUAUCGUCUUUAGCAUGUCCUAUCUGGAGAGCAAGGGCCUGCUGGCAACUGCUUCUGAAGAUCGAAGUGUCCGUAUCUGGAAGGUGGGCGACCUCCGGGUGCCUGGGGGUCAGGUGCAGAAUAUUGGUCACUGCUUUGGACAUAGUGCCCGUGUGUGGCAAGUGAAGCUCUUAGAGAAUUAUCUUAUUAGUGCAGGCGAGGACUGUGCCUGCUUGGUGUGGAGCCACGAAGGUGAGAUCCUGCAAGCCUUUCGGGGCCACCAGGGCCGUGGGAUCCGGGCCAUUGCUACUCAUGAGAAGCAAGCCUGGGUGAUCACUGGAGGUGAUGACUCAGGCAUACGACUCUGGCACCUGGUAGGUCGUGGAUACCCAGGCUUGGGUGUCUCAGCUCUGUCCUUCAAGUCCCCUAGCCGGCCAGGUGCCCUCAAGGCUGUGACUCUGGCUGGUUCUUGGCGAGUACUGGCAGUGACCGAUGUAGGGGCCCUGUACCUCUACGACCUUGAGGUCAAAUCCUGGGAGCAGCUGCUGGAGGACAACCGAUUUCAGUCUUACUGCCUGCUGGAAGCAGCGCCUGGGCCUGAGGGCUUUGGACUCUGUGCCUUGGCCAAUGGGGAGGGUCUUGUCAAGGUUGUCCCCAUCAAUACUCCCACUGCUGCUGUCGACAAGAACCUGUUCCGUGGGAAGGUUCACAGCCUGAGCUGGGCCCUCCGUGGCUAUGAGGAGCUUCUGCUGUUGGCAUCAGGCCCUGGUGGGGUAGUAGCUUGCUUGGAGAUCUCAGCUGCACCCACUGGCAAGGCCAUCUUUGUCAAGGAACGUUGCCGGUACCUGCUUCCCCCAAGCAGGCAGAGAUGGCACACAUGUAGUGCCUUCCUGCCCCCAGGUGACUUCCUGGUGUGUGGGGACCGCCGUGGCUCUGUGAUGAUAUUCCCUGCCAGACCAUGUCUGUUCAAAAAUUCUCGGGUUGGAAGCAAGGCUAUUACUGCAGCUGAGGCACCUGGAACUGGGGGUGGCAGCAGUGGGUCUGAGAAUGUUGCAACAGGGUUAGUCCCAGUAUCCAUGCUCCGUUCUCUGCAUGGGAAACAGGGUGUGACCUCAAUUACUUGCCAUGGUGGCUAUGUAUUCAGCACAGGCCGCGAUGGCGGCUACUACCAGCUCUUUGUUCAUGGCGGUAAGCUCCAGCCAGUCCUAAGGCAGAAAUGCUGUCGAGGCAUGAAUUGGGUAGCUGGGCUUCGCAUGGUAUCUGAUGGAAACAUGGUCAUCUUGGGUUUCCAUGCCAAUGAAUUUGUAGUGUGGAACCCCCGGUCCCAUGAGAAGCUGCAUAUCGUCAGCUGCGGUGGAGGGCACCGCUCCUGGGCCUUUUCUGAUACUGAGUCAGCUAUGGCCUUUGCCUACCUUAAGGAUGGCGAUGUCAUGCUCUAUCGGGCUCUAGGUGGCUGUACUCGGCCAAAUAUUAUUCUCCGAGAGGGUCUGCACGGCCGUGAAAUCACAUGCGUAAAGCGUGUGGGCACUAUAACCCUGGGCCCUGAAUUUGACAUACCCAGCUUGGAGCAGCUUGAUGACAUGGAGCCUGGCAAUGAGGGGCCUGGCUUUAUUGACAUCGUGAUCACAUCCAGCGAGGACACUACUGUCUGUGUCCUAGCGCUUCCCACAACUACAGGCUCAGCACAUGCACUCACAUCUGUGUGUAACCACAUCUCUUCGGUGCGUGCUCUGGCAGUGUGGGGCAUUGGCCAUCCACGUGGCCCAGGUGAUUCUCGACCAGGUCUCACUGCUAAUGUAGUGUCUGCAGGGGGUCGAGCUGAGAUGCACUGCUUCAGCCUCAUGGUCACUCCUGACCCCAGCUCCCCAAGCCGCCUUGCCUGCCACGUCAUGCACCUUUCGUCCCACCGGCUAGCUGAGUACUGGGACCGGCAGCGCAACCGGCAUCGGAUGGUCAAAGUGGACCCUGAGACCAGGUAUAUGUCUCUUGCUAUUUGUGACUUUGAGUCCGAUAAGCCUGGUCGUGGCCCCCUUGUGGCUGCAGCCUGUAGUGAUGGAGCAGUGAGGCUUUUUCUCUUGGAGGACUCCGGGCGGAUUCUGCAUCUCCUUGCUGAGACUUUCCACCACAAGCGGUGUGUUCUCAAAGUGCAUUCCUUCAAACAUGAGGCACCUAACCAGCGGCGGAGGCUGCUCCUGUGCAGUGCAGCUACAGAUGGCAGCCUGGCCUUCUGGGAUCUCACCACUGCCAUGGACCGCGGCUCCACUACCCUGGGGUCCCCAGCACAUCCUGGGCUUCCCUACCAGCUGGGCACUCCCUGCUUGACCGUCCAGGCCCAUAGCUGUGGUGUCAACAGCCUAGACACCCUGCCUACACCUGAGGGCCACCAUCUUGUGGCCAGUGGCAGUGAGGAUGGGUCCCUCCAUGUCUUCAACCUUGCUGUGAAGAUGCCAGAGCUGGAAGAGGCUGAUGGGAAGGCUGAGCUGGUGCCACAGCUGUGUGUCCUAGAGGAAUAUUCUGUCCCCUCUGCACAUGCUGCCCAUGUGACAGGCAUAAAGAUCCUAAGUCCCAGCCUCAUGGUCUCAGCCUCCAUAGACCAGCGGCUGACCUUCUGGCGUCUGGGGCGUGGUGAGCCCGCUUUCAUGAAUAGCACUGUGUACCAUGUGCCAGAUGUGGCUGACAUGGACUGCUGGCCUGUGAGCCCUGAGUUUGGCCACCGCUGUGCUCUUGCAGGUCAGGGACUUGAGGUUUACAACUGGUACGACUGAGUUAUCUCAGUGGUUGGAGCACUGA